UUGGUCUCUCUCUCUCUCUCUCUCUCUCUCUCUCUCUAACAGAGGACACAUCCUUCCUGCAGGGUCAGGUCAGGACGAAGGUGUUUGUGGUGAGAAUUCCACGAAAGCAGAGAAGCAACAAUGGCGGCUUUGCUUCUGCGACUUCCCAACUACUACAACAGGAACUUCUCCAUUUCUGCUUCUUCUUCUUCUUCUUCUUCUUCUAAUGGUGCUGCUUCCGGUGGCCCGUCGCAACAAGGAGGGGCAGGGCCUGUGAUUCUGGAAAUUCCCCUAAACCAAAUUCGAAGGCCGCUGAUGAGAACCAGAGCCAACGAUCCCCACAAAGUCAAGGACCUCAUGGACAGCAUUUCCCAGAUCGGCCUUCAAGUUCCGAUUGAUGUGCUUGAGGUUGAUGGAGUUUACUAUGGGUUCUCUGGCUGUCACCGGUUUGAGGCUCACCAACGUCUAGGGUUUCCAACAAUACGUUGCAAAGUUCGACGUGGAACGAAGGAAACUUUGAGGCACCACCUCCGUUGAGCCUGUCUUGUCGGAGAGUAUGGUCAAGCUCGAUGCUACGAUAAUAUAUAAUCUCUAUACACGUACUGCCGCUCUCAUUGUAUUUUGUUUCUAUCAUGGCAUGAACAUGGAAUGGAAGGUUGUAAUUAGUUAUGUAUGAUGGUAAAUCAAUUAUGUCAAGAGGGAUGUGACGUCCUUAUCCAUAACUCCCGUUUAUUUGCACUGGUGCCCCUUUGGAAUGAAAUAUUUCGAUUUGAUUCA